ACAAUUAUUACGUAUUAAAACUUUACAGUGUGUUUAUACAAACAAGUAUACAACUUUUAUUUUUUUGUUUACUUUGAUUUAGCUACUCCAGCCAUCUCAUUUAAUGUAUUUUAGUGUUAUAUAAACUUGAAUUUCAUUCACAAACUGUAAAGCAUUAUGACGAAUAUUCAAAAGCCAGAAAAAUAUUCCCACAAAGCAAUAUUUAGUCGUACAAACUUGGAAGAGAAUGAGAAAAAAGUUACAACAGUUAUUAAUUUGAGUAAUCCUAAGAGAAAUAAACCGACAGUUGAGAGACAUCCGAAAGUAGAAGUUCUGCAUUUAAAUGAAGAGCAGUUUUCAAGAAAUUCAAAUAUAGUUGUUUGCCCUUUUUUAAAUACAACAAUGAGGAUAUUAAGACAACUUGAAGAUAUUAAAACUGCUAAAGUUCAUAGAAAACAAUUAAAAUGUGACGAUAUCAAUGUGUUAAAGGGUAUUAGGUGUGUGAACAUUCCAAGAAAGCAACUGAUUUAUCACAAUUUGAUUAAAAUUGAACUGUAAAAUUCAAACAAACAUUUGUAUAUAUUUUUAUCAUAAAAUAAUGUCAAAAAUUUAUUUAAAACUUACAAAAAUAAAACACAUCUGUGAUAUAAGAAUUAGAUACACAACAAAAACUUGGUCAGGAAUUUUGGAGGUUUUUAUCAUGUGAUUUCAACAGUAUAGAAAGCAAAUCAAAUUACCAAUACAGGUCAUUUUAAAAUUUGCUUUAUAUAACAAAUGUAAAUUUGGAUAAAUUUCAUUAAAGCAAAGAAAUAAAA